AUGCGUGUUCCCGCCCCACUCCUUCGCAGGAGUUGUACCUCCUCGUUAGCAAACGCUGCUAGAUCAAGCCCUCGACGACUUGCUGCUCCAGCUACACAACAGACCCGCGGUAGACUACGAACAUAUCUCAUUUCUCCAUCUCGGUCAAUUGCCAGCUAUACCCACCCACACCAUGCCUCCGCCAUUUCUGUCCUUCCCACAGCGGUCGACACAUCGUCCCCCGACUUCAAAGAAAACGCCGAGCAGAUGCAAGAAGUCUUAGAUCAAAUGAAUAUACUUCAUAGUACUAUUGCAGAGGGAGGUCCGCAGAAAGCAAAAGAUAAGCAUAUCGCCCGAGGGAAGAUGCUCCCCCGAGAUCGUGUCACGGCCCUCAUCGACCCUGGCACCUCCUUCCUGGAACUUUCCCAGUUGGCGGGACAUGGAGUGUAUCCAGGUGAAGAUGUGCCCGCGGGUGGAAUUAUUACUGGAAUUGGAACAGUCGAGGGUGUAACCUGUAUGAUUGUGGCAAACGACAGCACAGUCAAGGGCGGUACUUACUACCCUGUCACCGUGAAAAAGCACCUUCGCGCUCAAGCAAUCGCGCAGGAGAACAAACUACCUUGCAUCUACUUGGUAGAUUCAGGAGGUGCAAAUCUCCCUCAUCAAGCUGAUGUUUUCCCGGAUAAGGAACAUUUUGGCCGCAUCUUCUUCAACCAGGCUCGGAUGAGUUCACAGGGUAUCCCUCAGAUCUCCGUUGUCAUGGGCCCAUGUACCGCUGGAGGUGCGUAUGUCCCCGCCAUGAGCGACGAGACAAUUAUUGUCGAAAACCAGGGCACCAUCUUUCUUGCUGGCCCUCCUCUCGUCAAAGCUGCCACUGGUGAGGUAGUCUCCGCGGAAGAUUUAGGUGGUGGACAACUUCAUAGCACAAUAUCUGGUGUGACCGACUACCUAGCGGUUGACGAUGCGCAUGCCCUCGUGCUCGCUCGCCGCUCUAUCUCUAACCUAAACUACCCAACAACUACAACGACACCCAACAACCUCUCUCUAAAAGAAAAUAAAGACGGUAUACAAGAACCUCUUUAUGACCCUGCUGAACUCAACGGCAUCGUUGGCACCAAUCUCCGCCGACAAAUUCCCGCCCAUGAAGUCAUCGCACGCAUCGUUGAUGGGAGCGAAUUCUCCGAAUUCAAGCGCGACUAUGGCACAACUCUUGUCACUGGCUUUGCCCGUAUCCACGGACAUCAAGUCGGCAUCGUCGCCAACAACGGAAUUCUCUUCUCCGAAUCUUCCCUCAAAGGCGCACACUUUAUUGAACUCUGCGCUCAGCGCAACAUCCCACUCGUCUUCCUCCAAAACAUCUCCGGCUUUAUGGUCGGUGCAGAUGCAGAAAAGGGUGGAAUUGCAAAGAACGGUGCGAAGCUCGUAACUGCUGUCGCCUGCGCCGAUGUACCCAAGUUCACCGUCGUGUUUGGUUCUAGUGCUGGUGCUGGGAAUUAUGGCAUGUGCGGCCGCGCCUACUCCCCACGCCUCCUCUUCAUGUGGCCCAAUGCCAAAAUCGGGGUCAUGGGUUCCGAGCAGCUCUCCUCCGUCAUGGAGGCUGUAGGUCGAACAGCAGACCCCGAGCUCAAAGCCCGCAUUGAUCGCGAAUCCGAAGCGACCUUCUCCUCGGCGCGACUAUGGGAUGAUGGUGUCAUUCCCCCGUCACAUACACGGCGUGUCCUAGGGUUGAGUUUAGCUGCUGCGCUGAGUGGCAGGGGAGAUGGUGAUGUUAAAACUCGGUUUGGAGUUUUCCGGAUGUAA